AUGGAAGUUGAGAUAACUGUGUGCACAAAACCACCGUCGCCACGUGUUAACUUCACCUUUGCGGCCCAUCCCGCGGCCGAUGAGCUGAUUCUGUUCGGUGGAGAGUAUUAUAACGGCCAGAACCAAUACGUAUAUGGUGAUCUGUUUACGUUCAACCUCAAGAAAGCUGAGUGGAAGAAGAUCACAUCGCCGAAUAGCCCACCCCCAAGGUGCGGACACGCUAGCGCCGUACGAGCCCGCGGCGGGGGUGAAUUGUAUGUGUUUGGUGGCGAAUACAGCUCUAGAAAUCAGGAGAAGUUCAAGCACUACAACGAUUUAUGGGUAUACUACUUCAAGGAGCAAAAGUGGGAGAAACUGACGGCUACAAAUGGGCCUACACCGCGCAGUGGCCACCGUAUGGUCAUUGCCGGGAACUCAUUGGUCGUUUUUGGCGGGUACUUUGACAACGGCAAGUCCACUCCCAAGUACAUGGAUGAUGUACACGUGUACGAUCUCGAGACGCGUGUGUGGAUGCAAACCACCAUCACCAAACAGGUCAUCAGUCCGUCGGCCCGGUCAGCGUUCCAGAUGAUCGCCACAGGCGAAGACCGCAUACUGGUCAUGGGCGGCUACAGACGAGAGAAGGUCAAGGGCAUUGCGGAGGAGCAAGGCAUGCAACUGGCCGACAUGUGGGAGCUCCUGCGCAUCGAAACGUCGGCCACAGAUAUCUCCAGUGUCGUCAGGCCCACGUGCACGUGGCGGUGGCUCAAGCUCAAGGCCACAGGCUCUGUGCCCGGCACACGCACCGGAGUCAACUGUGUGAUGAGAGACAACUCCAAUCAGGCAUACUCAUUUGGCGGCGUAACAGACCAGGAAACAGAAUGGGCUGUGUCUGGGUCGUUCAUGAACGAGCUGCUGCUGCUCAACACUGAGGAGAACAAAUUCCACGAGGUCAGCGUCAAGAAGGGCAUGGACUGCAAGGACAAACAGGAGGAGAUUGAGCAGGACCGGCGCGAGAGAAUCAAGGCCAAAAUAGCCGCGGCCAAAGCGAAAAAGAUCGCGGCCAAAAAGAAGGGCUCUGCGAGUGCGCGGCCCAAUGCGGACGACGAUUGCCCUCAAGUGGUCAGAGUCGACGCCGAUGAUGUGGAAAUCAUUGCAGCAGAUGGCGUGUGGCCAAGGCCGCGGUCGAGUACCGGAUUGGCUAUCAAGGGCCGAAUUCUCUACUUGUACGGCGGAUAUAAUGAGGUUGGCGACCGUAUGAUCACGCUGAGUGAUUUGUACUCACUGGAUAUCGGUAAAAUGGAUGAAUGGAUCAAGGUAGAAGACACCAGCGAAGAGAGUAAGAAAUGGCUGGGCGAGGAGAGUGACAGUGAAAGCGAUAGUGAAUACACGGACGAGGACGGGGAUGAAGAGUAAAUACACAUCAAUAUAAAGGAUUUUAGGAUAGAUGUCCUGCGAAGUAUGACUAUAGAUUUGAAUAUAAAGGAUAUUAGAAC